AUGGUGAACCCUAAAGAAACCCCCUCUAAAGUCGCGGCUAGCGCCUUGUCCGACUUGGAAUUGAAAGAUUCCAAGAACAACUUGGCUAGCAAGCUAGACUCCGUGAACGAACAAGAUGAUCCUGAAUUCGACUCAAAGAUGAGUAAGGCUGCUGCAGACCACCAUCAGUUCUUGAGAUCGCACCAGGUGCACCGUCACAAGCUGAAGGAAAUGGAGCAACAUGAACCCCUACUUAUGGAAAACAAACGCAGAUUUGUGCUUUUUCCCAUCAGGUACCAUGAGAUUUGGCAAGCGUACAAGCGUGCUGAGGCUUCAUUUUGGACCGCUGAAGAGAUUGAUUUGUCCAAAGACACACACGAUUGGAACAACCGCUUGAACGAUAACGAAAGAUUCUUUAUUUCCAGAAUAUUGGCAUUCUUCGCCGCCUCAGAUGGGAUUGUUAAUGAAAACUUGGUGGAAAACUUUUCUGCAGAAGUACAGAGUCCCGAAGCCAAGUGUUUUUACGGAUUCCAGAUCAUGAUGGAGAACAUCCACUCUGAAACCUAUUCAUUACUAAUUGACACUUACAUUAAGGACCCCAAGGAAAACGAUUUUCUCUUCAACGCUAUCGAAAAUAUCCCACAAAUUAAAGAAAAGGCAGAAUGGGCUAUAAGAUGGAUCCAGGAUGAAGAUGCUCUUUUCGCUGAAAGACUAAUAGCAUUUGCUGCCGUAGAAGGUGUUUUCUUCUCAGGUUCUUUUGCAGCUAUCUUUUGGUUGAAGAAGAAAGGUCUCAUGCCUGGUUUGACGUUUUCUAAUGAAUUGAUUUGUAGGGACGAAGGUUUGCACACCGAUUUUGCAUGCUUGUUGUUUGCUCAUUUGAAAAACAAACCUGAUCCAAAAAUCGUAGAGAGGAUUAUCACAGAGGCUGUAGAGAUCGAGCAAAGAUAUUUCAGAGAUGCUUUGCCGGUAUCACUGCUGGGAAUGAACGCGGACUUGAUGAACCAAUAUGUGGAAUUUGUUGCUGAUAGACUAUUGGUAGCUUUGGGUAAUGAUAAGUUCUUCAACGUAACGAAUCCAUUUGACUUCAUGGAAAACAUUUCUUUGGCCGGAAAGACCAAUUUCUUCGAGAAGAGAGUCUCAGAUUACCAAAAAGCUGGUGUCAUCGCUAAGUCUUCGAAGACUGAAACUGAAGGUGGUGCAUUCACAUUCGAUGAGGAUUUUUAA